ACAGCUUCCAACCGGUUUGCUCACUGGCCACAAAGCGGCCAGGAAACAAGAAGAAGGCGGAGGUGCAGUGCGCUGAUGCUCAGCGUCUAGUCGACACCUCCUCUCACCCAAAAAAAAAAAAUAAAUCUUCCCUCUCUACUAAAACGCACUCAGGAGGCUCUCCAUCCUACAUGGAAAGUUGCCGCGGAGGAGCGCGCAUCACCGCCGCAAGCACCGGCUGCUGUUGAUCUGAGGAAGCCCUUCCUCACUCGGUGGGCAGCAGCAACAUGGCUUCCAGAGUGCUGGAUGGCGGCUGGGGAUGGGCCAUUGUGGUGGCCUCCUUUCUGGCCCAGCUGCUGGCCUACGGCUCCCCGCAGUCAGUGGGCGUCCUCUACCCUGAGUGGCUGCACACCUUCCAAGAGGGCAAAGGCAUGACGGCCUGGGUGGGCUCCCUGGUGGCCGGAGUGGGCCUCAUUGCUAGUCCCGUGUGCAGCGCUUGUGUGGACAACUUUGGCGCUCGCCCCGUCACCAUCUUCAGCGGCGUCAUGGUAGCCGGCGGCCUGAUGCUCAGUGCCUUCGCGCCCAACGUCCAGUUCCUCAUUUUCUCUUACGGCAUUGUCGUCGGUCUUGGCUGCGGUCUCGUCUACGCGGCCACCUUGACAAUCACCUGUCAAUAUUUUGACAAGAGACGCGGGCUUGCCCUCGGCGUGGUCACCACAGGCACCAGUGUGGGAGCCUUCAUCUACGCCACGGCUCAGAACGAGCUCAUCGUGCUGUACGGCCUAGACGGCUGCCUCUUGAUCAUCGGCGCGCUGGCGCUAAACCUCAUGGCCUGCGCCGGCUUCAUGAGGCCCCUCAACAUGCCGGGCUACUACCUCAAACAGAGGGCGGCCCUGGAACGCAACACGGAGCAGCAGCUCUUUGAAAAGCCCCAGCCGGACGACCUGAAGACGGCGCCGGGUUCAACGGCGUGUGCUCAGGACAAAAGCCUGAUGGCGAAGGAGCUUCUCAUCACCACCGACGGCAUUCGGGUAGAGACAAAGAGGAGCGGCUUCCUGGCUCGGCUGGGCAUCAUGAGAGUCAUCAAGAAGAAGAGGAUGGCCUACUCCAAGUACAUGAGCUCCAUGCACAAGCUCCUGCACGAGGAAGGCAUGGUGGCCUUCUGCAUCGGUGUCUUCCUGUUCAGCCUGGGAGCGUUCCCUCCCGUGCUCUUGAUCGAGGACGUGGCGCAGAGCCAGGGACUCAUCGAAGAAGUCAGCGUCAUUCCACUGGUGUCCAUCGGAGCCAUCGCAACGUGCGUGGGCAAACUGGUGCUGGGUGUCCUGGUGGACAUCAGGUGGAUCAACAGCAUCUACCUGUACGCCUUCACCAUGUUUGCGGGAGGCGUGGCGCUCUUGCUCAUCCCCGUCACUAAAAGCUACUUGGGACUGCAGAUCCUCUCCGCCAUCCUGGGCUUCUUCUCUGGAAACUGGUCCAUCACUUCGUACAUCACCACAAAGAUAGUCGGCUUGGACAGACUCACGCAAGCCCACGGGAUCGUCAUGUUCUUCGGUGGAUUUGGAAUCAUGCUGGGACCACCUGUUGUUGGCUGGUUCUUCGACUGGACGCAGUCUUACGACCUGGCGUUCUACUUCAGCGGGAGCUGCGUGUUGCUGGGAGCGCUGGUUCUCUUCCUGCUCACGCUGCCUUGCCGGAACAGGAAGGCCACGUCCGACAAGGACCGAGCGGACGUCCAGUUCACCAGCAACUGCGACAAAGUGGCCUCUGUCGCGUGAAUGCUGGCACGUUGGGGAAACGCGCCAGCACUUGCUCAGCACCUUCGAGCACAAGCACGGUUUGCCCUCUUUUCUGCUGCCAGGUUUGCGUGCACCAAAAUACUUUCCAGAGCCAAUCCAGGCCUUUCCUCCCAAAACCAUGCCUGCAUUUCUCAGGUUCAUGCCAAACUCACAAAGUGUACUGUGGGCGGCCAUCUUUAUUUUUUAGCCUCACUGAUCUAGGCAGACAGCUAGAAAUGCACAAACAACCUUCAAGAAUUAAGGAGACUGUUUUUUGUUCAUUUGUUCUGAAGCAACAAGAUGUUUUUGUAUGUACACCCGAAUUCCAAAAGCAUCAAUGAUAGACAAUGCCUAUUGACGCGAAAUGCCUAUUUGAACAAUGCACAGGCCUUGCUUUGUUCUUAAUCAAGUUUUUACUUUUCAUAACUGUUUAUCACAACAUGAGCUACAAUCGCACAAUCCACCAAGCUCCAAUACAAGAGCUGGGCCAAAAAGAUAAUAACGCUCAGUAUUUUAACAAUAUUUACGUAUCAAUGUUGUGUUUCAACUUUCUUUUACUGCCCUGGAGUGUGCAGGCGUGCCUAAUCCGUUUUUAGGAUCAGCAAGUAAAACCUGAUGUUGUUUUCAUGAUUUUGUCCAUUUGUGGCAUAAUUAUGUUGACCUGCCGGGCUGGUCCUUUUUCAUGCAGUUUUUGUAUGUUGUGUGUUGUCUGUGCAUGCACACAAUGUGAAGGUUUAUGCGUUGUUUGAUGCGCUUUUAUGCUAGCCUAGUUAAGUCCUAUGUAGCACUGACUUUAAUAUGCACCUGGCUGUAGAGCUGUUAGUCGACAUGUUUUAAGUUAGAACUGUGUACGUCAUGCAAUCACACGUAGACUUUGAGAAUCAUUGAAUGUUGUUCAAGACACCGCUAAAAAUAGUUGUUAUUUUUGGGGGCAUUUUGUGUCUGUCCAAGUUGCAGACAUGAUGCAACUGACACUGAUUUUGCAUAAAGACAGUUAUGCCUGUUUUCUAACAGUUAUAUCUACGUAUUUUAUUUGUUAUUUUGUAUGCAUUGAGCCAAUAAAAUAUGUUUUCAAUACUU